AUGGCCUCUUCCAAACCCACCAUCACCCUCUCAUCCCUCACGCAAUUACAUCCCACAACCCUUGCCCCUCUGAUACUAGACCCGGAACAGUGUUCCAAGCUGGCCGUGAUUGACGUGCGCGACGAAGAUCAUGUCGGAGGAAGCAUCAACGGGAGCACAUGGAUACCAAUCCACCAACUAGACGUCCGGAUGCCCGAGCUACUGAGGACAUUGAAAGACAAGGAAAAGGUCGUGUUUCACUGCAUGCUAAGUCAACAGAGAGGACCCAAGGCUGCUCUGAUGUACGCGAGAGCUAAACAGAGGGCUGAAGAUAAAGCUCUUGCUGAGGCCGCCAAAGUUGCUGCGCAAGAGAAGGCCUCCCAGAAACCCGAUGAGGACGGUGAUGAUGUCUCCAAGAAGAACAACCAAGGAACAAAGCCUGAGCAGCAGGUAUGUGUUCUCGAGGGUGGCUUUGGUUCGUGGCAGGCGCGCUACGGAGAGGACCCUCGCCUCACAGCGGACUAUGUAGCGGACAUAUGGCUGUGA